AUGUUACCAGCUGAGGCCUUUGAGGAGCGUCACCUGCAGCGCAACGAUGGAGACAAAGUCAUUCCAGCAUCUCUAGCCCUUGUUGCUGCGCUUGAAUCUGGACACCGUUUGAAACUUUCCUCUGUAGAAGAGGCUGCCGGUUCCGCAAAAUACUGUGGAUUUUUGACAAAGGAAGAGUUUGUUGCACUCUGUGAAAAAAACCCUGACAAUUGUUUGGAUGCGUCUGUGAUGGCGAAACAUGUUUCUGUGCUUGCACCAGAUGGGUUUUUCACUCGAGCGUCACUUCAGGAGGUGGCUUUAAAGGCAGGUUCAACUCAAGAUUCACUGAGCGCUGAUGAAGUCGAUGCCCUUUUUGAUCUUCUAGAUGAUGAAAAUACCGGCUCUAUUUCUGCUGAAAGGCUGAUGGAGGCUGUCUAUGGAGAGGAAGGGAAAGUGGUUUUGGCGAAACAGAGAAAAGAGUAUGCGACUGCAAAGGCGGAAGAAGAGAGGCAACGAGCUGCCAGGGAGGCAGCAGCGGCUGCUGCUGCUGCUGCUGCUGCUUCCAAAAAGGAGGAACCCAAACAAGCACCCCCACCUCCAACACAGACAAAGAAGAAGACUAUGUGUGGAUGCUGA